CCCUCGCAGUCGGAUGAUAUAUGUCUUGCGUGGACAAGCAGGAACUCAUCAUCUGGAGCCGGCUCAAAGCGGUUUAUUGUGAUUUUUUCAUUGAUUUCAGAGCUGAAAACAACUAGCAGUGUCUUGUUUGUAGUCUUAAGCUUUGAAUUUACUUUAUUUAUCCGACGUUAGUGUUUAGGAAAGAGCGAGAGCUUACUGUCUUACCCCGCGCGCGCGGAAAGCGGCUACGGGAAGUUGACUGGGCGGGCUACAGUGUCAAAAAUAUCUAACGUUACAUCGACAUUUAUCGACGGUUUUCUUUGAGUGGAAUGAGCUACCAUUCACCCACCGUGUCUGUUGCACAAUGGAUGUCCGCUCUGUCUGCCUAAUUGCCCAAGCCAAAACAAACUGUAACAGAUCCAGUCUCUUCAGAGGAUAGCAAUAGGCCCUCACUCCACCCUCUCCCUUAACGUUACACAUCAGUUUAGAGCAGAGCAGUGCAGAUUCUCUCUAGUGUCUGGAUUGCUUUGAUUUGCUGGUUUAGCGAAGGGGCGAAGGUAGGUCUGAGGCAGAAAAAAGAUUUAGAAAAACUAUUACCUCAAUUAUCUGGGGAUUAAAAUAUCCAGUGUGCUGCUGCUUGAAUUAUUUAUACUUAUUUGGUUCUGUUCCCUGUAAGAUUGUGAAGUUUUUGUUUAUUUUCCGUAUAACUUGAAAACCAUCUACGCACAAUGGUGUCGACAACUCUGGCCACGGUAACGAUUUUGACCACCCUUGCCACUCAAGUGGCUCUGACAGAUUACCUAUGGCUCCUAAUCGUAGGCUUUAUCAUAGCCUUUGUCUUGGCCUUUUCGGUGGGUGCUAAUGACGUUGCCAACUCAUUUGGUACAGCAGUGGGAUCAGGUGUAGUUACCCUUAAGCAGGCCUGUAUUCUUGCUACUGUCUUUGAGACACUGGGCUCUGUGCUGCUUGGAGCCAGAGUCAGCGAGACCAUCCGCAGUGGCAUAAUCGACGUGAACAUGUACAAUGGCACAGAGCACGUGUUGAUGGCUGGAUCAGUCAGCGCUAUGUUUGGCUCUGCUGUUUGGCAGUUGUUUGCUUCUUUUCUGAAGCUUCCUAUUUCUGGCACCCAUUGCAUUGUGGGAGCUACCAUUGGCUUUUCACUGGUCGCCAAAGGUCAGCAGGGCGUCAAAUGGCUGGAGCUUCUUAGAAUUGUUGCUUCUUGGUUCCUUUCACCUGUCCUCUCUGGCAUCAUGUCUGCCGUUCUUUUCUACUUUGUUCGCAUGUUCAUCCUGCAAAAGAAAGAUCCAGUGCCCAAUGGUCUGAGGGCCCUGCCUUUCUUCUACGCUGUUACAAUGGGAAUCAACCUGUUCUCCAUCAUGUUUACUGGAGCACCGAUGCUGGGCUUUGAUGAACUGCCCUGGUGGGGAGUGCUGCUCACUUCCGUCGGCUUUGCCUUCGUCAUCGGUAUCAUCGUUUGGUUUGUUGUCUGCCCUCGGCUCAAGAAGAAGAUUGAAUGUAAAGUAAAGUCUUCCAGUCCCUCUGAGAGUCCUCUGAUGGAGAAGAGGGAGCUGCAUGAAGCUCACAGUCCCAUCCUGAAACCUGUCCCUGAGGAGUCCAGUGCCAUGCCCUCUCUCACCCCCUUGGCCCCUCCUCUUUCUGAGGAGCGCAGGGUCACCUUUGACAUUGGAGAUUCAGAUGACGCAGAUCAGAAGGACUGCAAAGAGUCAGAGACGGGCAGUGCAGCUCCGAAGACUGGCCAUGUUCAUUUCACCAACGGCCCCGCUCACAUUCCUAGCAAUGGUUACUCUCAGUACCACACAGUUCACAAGGACUCCGGCCUGUACAAGGACCUGCUGCACAAACUCCAUCUGGCAAAAGUGGGAGACUGCAUGGGGGAGGGUGGGGACCGGCCCAUCCGCCGCAACAACAGCUACACCUCCUACACCAUGGCCAUCAUCGGCAUGCACGGAGACUUCAAGCCCAAAGAAGGUGACUUCCGUGCUUCUGAAGAUGGAGACAAGGAAAAAGCCAACACUCAGGAGAGGAAGCGCAUCCGCAUGGACAGCUACACGAGUUACUGCAACGCAGUGGCAGAGAGUGGUGCACCUGAAGGUCUCGGUGAUGGUGAGGUUGCUUUGGAGAUUGCCAACGAUGAUGCUGGGAGCAGCCGUAGUUCUUUGGACGAGGAUAGAGCUGAUGCUGACAGACCUGAAGUGUCAAUGCUCUUCCAGUUCUUGCAAAUUCUCACUGCCUGUUUUGGUUCCUUUGCUCACGGAGGAAAUGAUGUCAGUAACGCAAUUGGUCCGCUGGUUGCCCUGUGGCUGGUCUAUGAGAGUGGGUCCGUUACAUCACAUGCACCAACUCCAAUCUGGUUGCUGCUGUAUGGAGGAGUGGGCAUCUGUGUCGGUUUGUGGGUCUGGGGCCGUAGAGUCAUCCAAACCAUGGGCAAGGACCUGACCCCCAUCACCCCGUCUAGUGGUUUCAGCAUUGAGCUCGCCUCAGCCGUCACUGUUGUGGUUGCUUCCAACAUUGGUCUUCCAGUUUCUACCACUCACUGCAAGGUCGGGUCAGUGGUGGCUGUUGGUUGGAUGCGCUCCAGAAAGGCAGUGGACUGGCGACUGUUCAGAAACAUCUUCAUGGCCUGGUUUGUCACUGUACCCAUUUCUGGCCUCAUCAGCGCGGCCAUCAUGGCCCUAUUCACCUACGUCAUUCUGUGAGGCCUUGAAAGUCCGCUCUGCCUCCCUCUCUGCUCACGAGGAGCCCCCACCUGCAACCAGGAUCCCCAGAGAGAGGUGGAGGGCAUAUCUCUACCUUCUCUGUCUCUCUCUACCUUUCUCCCCUCCGUCAUCCUCGUGAUGAGUGGGGAUGAAAAAGGCCCCUUUCGAUAGAGCCUGUGAUUCUUGGCUGCAUUAUUUUUAGCCUGUAUUGAUGAUUUGUGUGCAUUGCACCAGGUCACAUUCCAUAGGCCAGAGAAGAAAAUGUCUUCAAAACUAAAAUGGUUGCCAUUUAAAUUCCCUCUUGUACAUAUGUCAAAUCACCUUGUUUUUUAUGUAAUUAUGUACAGAACUAAAGGUUUUUUUUUUUUUUUUUAAAGGUAAAUGAUCAAUUACAAUGCAGUAUUAGCCUUCAUUUGACAUGCAUUUUUCAUUUUAGUUUCUCAGAGAAGUGGUGUUUUGAUGCGAAGAAUUCUGGGAAGAGGAAUUGAGUUGCAUUUUCCUUCUUAUGCAUUCAGUAUGUGUUCAUUUUCCACUUUUUCUCAAGCAGGCCUAACUAAACUCAAAUAGAGCCUUACGACACCCACAUUUUUAGCAGAGUCUUAUGAGGGUUGAUUAGCAAAGUAAAUUGGUUGCUCACAUCAUGUUCCUUAAUACAAUUUCAGUGUCCUUUUCCAGAUGUCUUUUAGUUCUUUUGUAGGUUACACUACAAAACAGGCCAUACAAAACAUAACAGUUGUUCUGUUAUCAUUCUUUUAGUCCUCUUUUGUUCAAUGGUUUGCAGAAUAUCAGAUUUGUUUUACACCACUGUAAUUGAGCUGUUAAUAUUUGCUCUGCUUUGCCCAGCGUCGAAUAACAACUAUAACGGACCCACUUCUGCUUGGAGAUGCAGUUAAACAUCUCAGCAGCAACUGCAAAGAUUCAAGCUUUUCCUUAAAGCACAGAAGCGCUCUGCUGUAGUUAGUAUGCUCUUGGCGACUCCCGUAAAUGCAGCGCGUCCCCAAAUGUUUGCUGUAGACAAUUGAACUCCAUACGGUGGAUUAUGGCCCAUUGUGCUCGGUUGCCAAGGGUCGCUGUUGUUGCAUACGGAUGAAGUGUUACUAGGAUACCCAAACUCUUAUUUUACCAGUGUAAUACUGGUCAGGGUUACUCCAGCGGCCGAAAGAUCAUAAGUUAAUUAUUAAAAAUAUCCCCCUGCCAAAAUGAAUUUGGCAAUCAUUUGUUUUUAGUCAAAAAAUAUAACCUGAUGAGCCUCUUCCCUUUUAGAGUAUUACAGUAAUGCUUUGCUGUGACGCUUGACAUCAGAAACAGUGAAUCAGACUCAAUGGAGUGAAGUUUAUGCUGGAUGUGAGACCAUUGGCGUUCCUGUAAAACUUGAUGGAUGGUGUAACUCAUCUGCUCCAGCCUUCAAAGACCUGCCUCUGUAGUUCUUUUGAGGAAUGUAUACCAAUACAAACAGUAUAUGUGUAUAUAUUUUACAAAGGGUUGCUAUCGUAUCCCCUACAGCAACACAAUUGACUUACCGUAUUUAUUAGAUAGGUGUGGGACAGUGGUGUUAAAUUAUGGUUUGGACUGAAGGCAGCAGUAACUUCAUCUGCACUGCUGUGAUUUGGUUAUAACUUAACACAUUCAGACCUUACAUAGUUGCUGUAGUUGCCUUAAGGAUGUAUCUCUUUGUUUUUUUUUUUUGUUUUAACCAAAGAGAAAAAAGGUGGAGUGUUUUGUUGUCCACUGGACUUUGGGGAUGAAAGAAUAAAUGUCUUUUCCAGUA